GUGCGCGUGCGUGCGUGCGUGCGAUUUGCGAUCAGGCGGCGCGGCGGACAGCCCCGUCGGCGGGGCGGGGGGGAGUUAUAUUACGGGGUCCUUCCUCACUCAGCCUGGUUCCUCUCGGAGCAGAGACGGCAAAUGGCGGACUUCGAUACCUACGACGAUCGGGCCUACAGCAGCUUCGGCGGCGGCAGAGGGUCCCGCGGCAGUGCUGGUGGCCAUGGUUCCCGCAGCCAGAAGGAGCUGCCUACAGAGCCCCCCUACACAGCUUAUGUAGGAAACCUCCCUUUUAAUACAGUUCAGGGCGACAUAGACGCUAUCUUUAAGGAUCUCAGCAUAAGGAGCGUACGGCUAGUCAGAGACAAAGACACAGACAAGUUUAAAGGAUUCUGCUAUGUAGAAUUCGAUGAGGUAGACUCCCUGAAGGAAGCCCUGACCUACGAUGGUGCACUGUUGGGUGAUCGGUCACUUCGUGUGGACAUUGCAGAAGGCAGAAAACAAGAUAAAGGUGGCUUUGGAUUCAGGAAAGGCGGACCAGAUGACAGAGGUUACAGGGAUGACUUCCUAGGAGGCCGAGGAGGGAGUCGCCCAGGGGACAGGCGAGCAGGCCCUCCCAUGGGGAGUCGCUUCCGAGAUGGCCCCCCGCUGCGCGGCUCCAACAUGGAUUUCCGAGAACCCACAGAAGAGGAAAGAGCACAGAGGCCACGGCUCCAGCUCAAACCUCGGACAGUGGCAACGCCCCUCAACCAAGUAGCCAACCCCAACUCCGCCAUCUUCGGGGGCGCCAGGCCCAGAGAGGAAGUUGUGAACAAGGAGCAAGAAUGAGCCCGCGGUGGGGAAUGGGGUGUGGGGAGUUAGAGCGAGACCACAGCCUGAGGGCCUGGACCGGCCACCCCGCAGUCGCGGUUCUGCAACUGACACUGUCCUCCUUUCUUACAGUGGAAACACAGAGCUUGUGAAUGCAUGUCAACUGUUAACAAGUGGUUUUUAGUACAUCCUUAGCUUUGCCGUAUCUAUCUAGUGCCUGUUCUGUGCUUUUUAUUUUUUCCAUCCCCUCUGUCCUCAUUUUCCUCUGUCCUUCCUCCCUCUUGCCCCCGUGUCUUUGCAGCACACGGUGUCUGGAGGAAGUGGGUGGGGCAGGCCCAGGUGCUCCUGCUUGCUUUGGUUUUCUCCUUUGCCUUCUCUUUAUUUUCGACAUGGGCCAGACUUAAUUUUUUUCAGUGCUUCUCUUCUGACCUGCAUGCUGAGUUCUGUGUCGCUGUGGCUUCCAGAGAGAAGCAGCAGUUGCUGGCAGGUUGGCCAGUGCCUUGUUGGUGUCCAGCUGUGAUCAGUAUGCAGAUCUGGAAGCACCUUGUAUUGAAGACAAGGAAAAAUUCCUGUUGACCCUUGCAGCUUCCUUCCACUCCUAUGGUCCUGCUCCUAGGAUGUCCUGUCGCUAUCAGCCCUCCCCCAGGGCUGGGCAGGUAAAGCAGGUGUGAGGCCCCAGGGGAGAGUAAGAGGCUUGUUGUCGGUGCUCCUCACCUGUUCCCCAAGGGCUCUGUGUGUCCAUAUAGUUUGCUGCAAUCUCUCAAGACCGUGUCCAGAUGGUUCCUGCUCUGGAGGCUUUGGGGGCUUGCUUGUGCUGUCCUGCCUGCCCAGUGGCUCGUGUCAUUUCCAAGGGGCUCCAGUGCUGUGGGGACCAGGAAGUGGUGGCAUUGUACUGGGCUGACACAGUGAUGUGGACUUAGCCUUCCCCGCAUUCCUGUUGUCUGUUGGGCGUCUCCCCCAUAUCUGUGUCUGUUGUCACAAAAGCGGUCUAAUGAGACUGCCUCCCAUUGCCCUGCAAGCCAAGAGUGGAAAUGGCCUCGAAAUUGGCACUUUAUUUCCGUGGUGAAUAGCUGGUGCGGAGCUGUCCAGACCCUCACUGACUGCCGAGGACCGUAGAUGUUCAGGCUGGCCACCUGUCUCUGGGACUGUCAUGCUCUUGUGCAGUGGCUGGCACUUGCCUGGGAGGAAGGUGUUGGGCAGCAGCUCAGGUGCCUAUGUGUGAGCAGAUGGAAAAUCCUUUAGUGCCUGAGUCACAGUGUGUCCCAGUGGGAACUGCUAGAGCCCUGAGGAAGGGAGGCCCCAUCAGGAUGGCUGAAGGCCACGGAGCGGCAGGGAAGUUGCUUGGCUUAGGGCUCCCCACUAGCUGUCAUUCUCAACCCCUCUGAUUUGUCUCUGUUGCAAGGUCUUAGUAACUCACAGAACUCAUAUUUCUCCCCUCUGCCUAUCAUCUUCUCUGCUUCUGAGAUAAGAACCAUUUGUGUAACACCAACACCUACCUUAAGAAAGACAUGCAUUAUGUGGUUGAAACAAACCUGAUGCUUUGAGACGACCCACACACAUCCUCAACGCAGAAAGAUUAAGAGCAAAACAAAUCCAUCCACACCACUGGGCACCCAGCUGGCUCCCGAUGCGAGGGUGGAAUUCUAAACACUCAACACAUUCAGCUGUAUGACAGAAAGUAAAUCUAUGGAUAUGGUAUUUUGUGAAUGAUCUUUUAAAUAAAAGAAAAACCUUACGUAA